UCUUUUUUUUUUUUUUUAGCUCGCUGCUUCUUUUUUUUUUUUGGGAGGCUACGUCCUUUUGCUUUCCGCGCUCUCCUUUUUGGCUUUGAUUAGGGUCCGAGUCCCCGCGCUAUCGUACGGCGACAGACUUACGCAUCCAAAGCCAACAGCCACCGCGCUCGGGUCCUCUUGAGCGUCCCCCCCGCCCGCUCGACUGCCCUUCCUGCGGGCUGCGACCACACAUGCUGCCGGGGCGCGCGGCCGUCAACAUGUCGGUCAUGCUGCAGACUCCCUCUCGAGCAUCAACAGCAUCAUCCUCAUCCUACCAACCGCUCUCUCGCCAGAACACCAUGUCGUCCUACGAUGGCUCGCGGUCCGCCCGCCAGUCGAAGCGGAUCUCCAUGUCGGCAUUGUACAUGUCCAUGUCGGCCAACGAGACCGACCUCGAAAUCGAAGAUGACCUCGCCAAAGCCCAAAAAGUCCUCCGCGAGCUCAAGACCAAGAUCUCGUCGCAGUCAAAGAAGAACUUCGUCCUGGAGAAGGAUGUGCGCUAUCUGGAUUCCAGGAUUGCGCUCCUCAUCCAGAACCGUAUGGCAUUGGAAGAGCAAAAUGAAGUCGCAAGUCACCUCGAGGAUGCUACCGAGAUGCAAGAAGGCGCGUUUCCGAACGACGACAAGACGCAGAAAUAUGGCAAUCUUCUGUUCCUCUUGCAGUCCGAGCCGAGGCAUAUCGCGCAUCUCUGCCGUCUGGUGUCCAUGUCCGAGAUUGACUCAUUACUCCAGACCGUCAUGUUCACCAUUUACGGAAAUCAGUACGAAAGUCGCGAAGAGCACCUGCUCCUGACCAUGUUCCAGUCCGUCUUGACGUAUCAGUUCGACAACACUCCCGAGUAUUCUUCUCUCCUCCGUGCCAACACUCCCGUGUCACGAAUGAUGACCACAUACACAAGACGAGGACCUGGACAGAGCUUCCUCAAGUCUGUGCUCGCAGACAGAAUCAACAGCCUGAUAGAACUCAAGGACUUGGACCUUGAGAUCAACCCCCUGAAGGUUUACGAGCGCAUGAUCGAGCAAAUCGAGGAGGAUACCGGUACCCUACCGGCCUCGCUGCCCAAGGGCAUCACCGGGGAACAGGCCGCAGAGAACGCCCAGGUGCAGCAGAUCAUCGAGCCGAGGCUAACGAUGCUGACCGAGAUCGCCAACGGCUUCCUGACGACAAUCAUCGACGGCUUGGAGGAGGCGCCAUACGGAAUCAGGUGGAUCUGCAAGCAGAUCAGGAGUCUCACCAAGAGGAAAUAUCCCGAUGCCAACGACCAGGUCAUCUGCACCCUGAUCGGUGGCUUCUUCUUCCUGCGCUUCAUCAACCCGGCCAUCGUGACGCCCAAGUCUUACAUGCUGAUUGACGGCACGCCUGCCGACCGCCCGCGGAGGACGCUCACUCUGAUCGCAAAGAUGCUGCAGAACCUCGCCAACAAGCCGUCGUACGCCAAGGAGCCAUACAUGGCGAAGCUGCAACCCUUCAUCCAGCAAAACAAGGAUCGCGUCAACAAGUUUAUGCUGGAUCUUUGCGAGGUCGGCGACUUCUACGAGAGCCUGGAGAUGGACAACUACGUGGCCCUGUCCAAGAAGGACCUGGAGCUGUCGAUUACGCUCAACGAAAUCUAUGCCAUGCACGGUCUGCUCGACAAGCACGGCAGCGACCUCUGCAAGGACGAGCACUCGCACCUGGCCGUGCUCAUGGCCGAGCUCGGCCAGGCGCCGCCACAGGUGCCGCGCAAGGAGAAUCGCGUCAUCAACCUUCCCCUCUUCAGCCGCUGGGAGACUGCCAUUGACGACCUGACGGCUGCCCUGGACAUCACCCAGGAGGAGGUCUUCUUCAUGGAGGCCAAGACCAUCUUUGUCCAGAUCAUGCGGUCUAUCCCUCAGAACGCGUCGGUGGCGCGGCGCCCCCUACGGUUGGAGCGCAUUGCCGACGCCGCCGCCACGUCCAAGAACGAUGCCAUUAUGGUGCGCAAGGGAAUUCGCGCCAUGGAGCUGCUCAGCCAGCUGCAGGAGCUCAAGGUGACGGACAAGUCGGAUGGCUUCUCGCUGCUGCGGGAUGAGGUCGAACAAGAGCUCCAGCACCUUGGCUCGCUCAAGGACGGUGUCAUCGUGGAGACCCAAAAGUUGGAUGAAGUGUACAAGACUAUCCGCGACCACAACUCGUACCUAGUCGGCCAGCUCGAGACGUACAAGAGCUACCUGCACAACGUGCGUAGCCAGAGCGAGGGGACACGGCGCAAGGCGCAGAAGCAACAAGUCCUGGGCCCCUACAAGUUCACCCAUCAGCAGCUCGAGAAGGAGGGUGUGAUUCAGAAGAGCAACGUCCCAGACAACAGGAGGGCAAACAUUUACUUCAACUUCACAAGCCCUCUGCCCGGGACCUUUGUCAUCUCGUUGCAUUAUAAGGGACGCAACCGAGGUCUCCUCGAGCUGGACCUCAAAUUGGAUGAUCUGCUCGAGAUGCAGAAGGACAACCAGGACGAUCUUGACCUGGAGUACGUCCAGUUCAACGUGACAAAGGUCCUUGCUCUGUUGAACAAGCGGUUCGCGCGGAAGAAGGGCUGGUAGAGACAGCGUCGUCUAUCAUCAUCCUCCACCCCUCCGAGCACCCCCUCCGAGUCACCCCAGAUCGAGACGGCCCGGUGCCAUCGCCGUCGUGCACAGCAACCGCUGCGGCGCUGCUGGCCCACUUGUGCCAUGUGUGGAUUUCGCCUUUUUUAGGUUCCCCACGCCAUCAUCUCACAUUAUCUCGACCCCUUUAUUCUACUUAUCCACCAGGGGGUUUCAUGUCUUGGACUCUCUCUGCCUCCUUCACGUUUGUAUCCACUCACAUGCUAUCUUAUCAUGUCUUUUUUACUCCUUUUGUGCUUUAUCUUUCUUGGCCUCUUCCGAUUUGUCGACCCUCCAUUCCUCGAUACCCGACCGGCGAAUCACGUCGUACUACGACCAUCACACCGCUUGCCAUUGGGUCACCCACACUCGCAAACACAUUGCUAAUUUGACGAAUCUCCUCCCUCGCCCGCCUCAGGGAGAGGCAUAUAUAACGAAUCAUCUGUUUUCUUGGUGGCUUUGGUGUAUCUUAUCUGUGUCUUUUUUUUUCUUCCGCAUUCUUGAAACCUCACCUGGUAUUUAUUGUCCGUCGGGCUGCGUAAAUCUUCCCGACGGCCCCAGCCAGUGGUGCUUGCUUUCCGAGGGGCUCUGGGUGGUUUUUUUUUCUCCCUUUCCAUUCUUCUAUCUGCUGUUUGCUCCUCUCUUUUCCCGUGUAACCUCCCCAACCAUUGCCCAGCCAUGAUGCGCCUAGGCGGGACUCUGACAUGGGUGCGUGUUGGCUCGUUUUUCUCUCGACUUGCUGCUCCUGUCGCCACCGGGAUUCGCCCGCACGGGCGCGAGCGGUGAGGCUCCAUGUACAACAAAGAAGGUAUUGAUUGGAGAUCAAAGGGGUCGCUAAGGUCUUUGCAGGACGUAGCAAGAGCAAGCCCUGAGCCCGCCUGGCCCGGGAUUGUUAUUCUCUCUUUGGGGGGGCUUGUGGGUGUGUCUCUUGCGUCUUGGGUUUAGUUUAGUAUGGGGGUGUGUCUUGUUUUGUCCUUGGUCUGGCUUUUGCUGUUUACACCUGUUGGUGACUUACCAUAGCUUCUGUUUCGGCCGGUCUGGUGCCUUGUCGAAACCUGUCUUAGUAUCAAACACCUUCUAUUCUGUUACUCUUCUGAGCGCAUCACUUCUCCCCACAUGCACUUCUGGAAGGACCACGAUGAUUGUAUUUUGAGGCUUGCCUUGAUUGAAGGGUUUUGCACCCCUUCUUGGUCGGGAGAACUUGGUCCAGCCUCACCAUGUGUCACCUCAGCGUUCAAGCGCGUCAAAUCAUUUCAUGUACAGAGCAUUUCAUAUACAGAGGAUGCAUUUGAUUAAAAGAGCGCGAGUCCUACGC